AUCUAUUCAUGCGCGCCUAUCCAUUUUUUUCUUUCUUUUUUUUUCUUAUUAUCUCCAGCAGGUUUUAGCUGAAGGAGAGCGUUAUUGAUGGACUCCUGUGUUAUCAGUGGAGCUGGAUGGUGAAUUUAUCCCAGAAUCCCGCCAGCAUGGAGUCCCUUAACGCCAGCGGAAUGGACGCCUUCACGGUGGUCCAUCUGAAUUCCUCCUGGAGCCUGGACAGCGGAUAUUCUCUAGCCGCAAUUGCCAGCAUCGCUGCUCUCGUAAGUUUCCUGAUUCUUUUCACCGUAGUUGGGAAUAUUCUUGUGGUCAUCGCCGUGUUAACGAGCAGGGCGCUAAAAGCCCCCCAGAACCUGUUCCUGGUGUCCUUGGCCACCGCGGACAUCCUGGUCGCCACUUUGGUGAUGCCCUUCUCUCUUGCCAAUGAACUCAUGGGCUACUGGUAUUUCGGGAAAGUUUGGUGCGGCAUCUAUCUAGCUUUGGACGUGUUGUUCUGCACAUCAUCGAUCGUGCACCUGUGCGCAAUCAGCCUGGACCGGUACUGGUCCGUUACGCAGGCUGUGGAGUACAAUCUAAAGCGCACUCCGAAGCGCAUCAAGUGCAUCAUUCUGAUUGUGUGGCUGAUCUCAGCCUUCAUCUCCUCCCCUCCGCUCAUGUCUAUUGACAGCAACAAGGACGCCAGCUCACAACCCCAGUGUGAGCUGAAUGAUGACACCUGGUACAUCCUCUCCUCCAGCACUGCCUCUUUUUUUGCGCCCUGCUUAAUUAUGAUCCUAGUGUAUAUUAGAAUAUACCAGGUAGCUAAAACCAGAACCAGAAGCCUAUCGGGGAAGAAACCCAAACCAGAUGGGGUCACACAAACUGAGAAUGGACUUAGCAAGCAGUCUUCACCUUUCCAUGAUGAGAGGGAGAACGGCCACUGUCAGUGUCCUCCUACACCCAGCCAACACACAGUCACCAUGGGUCCACUGACUGAGGAGGGUGAUUUGGAGGAAAGCUCCUCCUCAGAGGGCAAAGGCCACAAACCCCAGAGGAGGGACUCCCAAAGAGUCCCCAUGGACAUCCAGAAGAAAAGCUCUCUCCCUAUCCGCAUCUCCGGGGUCAGCAACAAGUCAAUGGACCUCUUUGCCUCCAGGAGGAAGUGUCGUCGGAGCUCAUUUGCAAGGAAAAAGGUCUCCCAGGCACGAGAAAAGAGGUUUACGUUCGUCCUGGCUGUGGUUAUGGGGGUUUUCGUAGUGUGCUGGUUCCCCUUUUUCUUCAGCUACAGCCUGUAUGGGGUGUGUGGAGACUCAUGCAAGAUUCCUGAUCCGCUUUUUAAGUUCUUCUUUUGGAUCGGUUACUGCAACAGCUCCCUUAACCCAGCCAUUUACACCAUCUUUAACAGGGACUUUAGGCGUGCCUUCCAGAAGAUCCUCUGCAAGUCGUGGAAGAAAUCCUCCUAGGCCUAAAAGGAAGAUUUAAUGAAUUGUUUUCGCCAUUUGUUUCAUUAUUAAUUCCAUUGUCCUGUUGUUUCUGUCAUGAAAGUGCACACCCUUAACCAGCUGCUGGGGCAACAUCGUGUAUAUUUUCAUCCCUAGGCUUUUUACAGACCUUCCUGAUCUGAUUAUUGAGUGAGACUGUCCUUUAUGUCUGAGCUAUAAUGACGUUAAGGGAUAUUUUCAGUAAAAAUGAAACAAACAACAUAAAAAUAAAACAUGAAAUAUCCCAU